CUGUUUAAAUUUUAAAAACAUGUAUAUAAAACAAAUUAAAGCAUCAAUUUUUAGGGUGUAAAUAUUCUUACAAAACCAUGAAAGCUGAUUUGAAAGGAACCAAUAAAGAAAAGGGUGGAGAAACCAAUGAGAAAAUAUCAAGAUCAAUGAGGGAAGAGAACAGAAAAAUGCAAUCGCUUUGCCAAAAAGAGGUAUCAGAAGUAUGCCUCCAUGGCUGCUGUCCAUCUCCUUUUGCCAGCGCACAUGAGCCUCAAAGCAAAGCCUCCAAAUCCACCAGCACUUCUGCAGCUUGUCGCCGUGACUUUGCAUCAAAAACUACUUCCUCUGUUUUCCCAAACGCCCAAUUCACCAACCAUGAAUCUCUUCCAUCUGUGCAAGAAUCGUUUGCUGAAUUCACCAAUGCUUACCCACAGUACUCUGACACCUAUCAAGUUGACCAAAUACGAGCCCAUGAGUAUUACCAUCUCUUGCUUUCCGACCAUACCUGCCUUGAUUAUCUUGGCAUCGGCCUCUUCUCCUUUUCUCAACUACAAAAACACGAGUCUCCAACAUUCAGAAUUGCCUCUUCUUCCUCCCCUGUGCCAGCACAAUCACCUUCUCCAAUUUUGGUUAUUCCCUUCUUUGGUGUGACUUACAAGACAGGGAAUCUCAAGACACAACUACUACAUGGUGGACCAGCAUCAGAGCUGGAAUCUGCGAUCAGGAAGAGGAUCAUGACUUUUCUUAAUAUUUCAGAAAAUGAUUACUGCAUGGUUUUCACCGCAAACAAGACAUCAGCUUUCAAACUUCUAGCAGAAUCAUACCCCUUCCAGUCUAAUAGAAAGAUUUUAACAGUCUAUGAUUAUGAGAGCGAGGCAAUUGAAGCCAUGAGCAACAGCUCCGAGAAAAAAGGGGCUAGAGUUAUGUCAGCUGAAUUCUCAUGGCCAAGGCUGAGAAUUCAGGCAUCAAAAUUGAGAAAAAUGGUUGUAAGCAAGGAAAUGAAGAAGAAGGAGAAAAAAAGAGGUCUUUUUGUCUUCCCACUUUAUUCCAGGAUGACUGGAGCCAGAUAUCCCUACCUCUGGAUGAGUAUCGCACAGGAAAAUGGAUGGCAUGUGUUGAUUGAUGCGUGUGCAUUGGGACCAAAAGACAUGGACUGCUUUGGCCUCUCACUCUUUCGUCCGGACUUCCUCAUUUGCUCUUUCUACAAGGUUUUUGGAGAAAACCCUUCAGGAUUCGCAUGCCUCUUCGCCAAGAAAUCAACCAUUCCGGUAUUGGAAACUUCCACCAGUUCAGGGAUGGUAGGUCUUAUCCCAGCUGAGAAGCUGUUUCGUCCAGGAACUGAAUCUCCAGGCACCGACACAGAAGUAGACAAAUUAGCUACACCAAGCUCCAUCUCAGUUACUAUUCCUGUCCAAGCUUCACAGUCUGAAAGAUUUGAAGAAGGGAAAACUUACGAGAUUCAACAUGAAGAAAUUACUGAAAAACUGAAAGGGUUGGAAACGACUGAAAUUUCAGAAUCAGAGAAGGUUAUUGAUAUAAUUCGAGAGGAUAAUCGUAAAGGCAAAGAAGAGAUUGAAUGUAGGGGUAUGGAUCAGGUGGAUUCUUUAGGACAGGUAAAAAUUAGUAAUAGAGCAAGGUGCCUCAUCAAUUGGCUUGUGCAUGCUCUGUUGAAACUCCAGCAUCCUAAUACAAAUGGGAUUCCCCUGGUUAGAAUAUAUGGCCCAAAGAUAAAAUUUGAUCGGGGUCCAGCAAUCGCAUUCAAUGUGUUUGAUUGGAAGGGCGAAAAAAUCGAACCUGUUCUUGUACAGAAGCUAGCAGAUCGGAGCAACAUUUCUCUAAGUUAUGGGUUCCUACACCACAUAUGGUUUGCAGAUAAGUAUCAAGAAGAGAAGGACGAAGUGAUUGAGAGAAGAAGUAAUGAAGCCAAAGGUACGGAUGGAAACAAGAGAAAAGGCAAAAAUAACAUGGGAAUAGCUGUGGUUACAGCUGCAUUGGGGUUCCUAGCCAAUUUUCAGGAUAUUUAUAAGCUUUGGGCUUUCAUUGCUCGGUUCCUGGAUGCAGACUUCGUGGAGAAGGAGCGGUGGAGGUACACAGCUCUGAAUCAGAAAACUAUUGAAGUCUAAGCUCUAAAAUCAAUUCUUUCAGAUAAUGAAGUUCGGAAAGACUGCAGUCAACUCAAAAUUGGAAGCCAAUUAAUUACGGAAUUGGAAUUGCCAGAGGAACAGAGGUCUAUACCCCUUUCUUGUAUUCUUGCAUUCACAUUUCAACGACAGAAAAUCUACACUUGAAAGGAACAUAAUCCUAGGUGUCUUGCCCAAUGAAGUAAAAAUGCCAAGAGGAUGUUAUUAACAACACAUGACGAAGCAACUUUCAUUAGACUAAGUUCUUGAUGCAGAGAUAUGGAGCAAAGGACUUUGUCACGAGCAAGAACAGUCCUCCUAUUACCAGUUACCUAUUAUCACACUGAAGUUGACUCAAUGUACCGAAGAUUUUACACUCGGAAGGCUAAUGCUACUACUACCAUUUUUGUCAACCUGUGAGAAUGGUUGUUGCUAACUAAUGCCACUUGACAACCUAACGAGGUAAAUGCCAAGGAAACCACAUAAGUAUUUACAGGGAAAUUGUCCUGGCAUAGCAAAUUAGCAAGAUAAGGUGACUCGUUGGAGAUUUGUAUUGAUUGAUUUUAUUUUGGCUUGUAUGCUGAAAUGCAAAUGGUAACAUUGAAAGAAAUAUGAUGGCUUAUUUUAUAUUCUCUCAUCUAUCGAAACGAUUCUGAUGUAAUUAGAUUUGAUAAUUUGUGUUAUCUCGUGUCAUGUAAAA